UGUUUAUCUGGCCUGCAACCACUGGGACUGUUUGUUACUCAGGCACAGCAACAAGGAUUUCGGUUGAUCCUUUGAGCAGUACUAUCUGGCAGACCCCGCUUGAUGCGCUGAUUGUCUACCAUGUUGCACCACGACAAAAUGUCGAGCUUAGGUGCCGAAUUCGGCCGGAGUUUUGCUCGGGAAACAUGGACUCUCUAUGCUGUUGGCAUGCUCGGUGUCGUACUGCGAUUUAUAGCCCGUAUACGCCGACUCGGUAUCCAGAACCUUCAAUGGGAUGACUAUGUUAUGGUCUUCGCGGUCAUAUGGUACACGAUUUUAUGCGUUGCGCUUAAUGAGGUUGCCUCUGGUGGAGGUUCGAAUCUCAUGACACAGGAGGACAUUGAUAACCUCACACCGGAAAUCUACGACGAAAGAGUCAAGGGAAGCAAAUGGGUGUUCGUCUCAGAGCACGCCUUCAUCCUCGCUAUAUGGUCAAUGAAGACAUGCAUGUUGAUCAUAUACGCCCGUAUCACAGAGGGAUUGCCCCAAAGGAAAUGGGUCAACUACCUUGCCAUCUAUGUUGCGCUGGGGUUUAUCGCAGUCGAGCUAUCCCUCUUCCUCAUCUGCCGGCCGCUAUCAAACUACUGGGCAGUGCCUACUCCCAACCCCCAAUGUUCCACUUUUCAAUACUACGAGAUCAUCCAAGGAUGCGUGGCUAUCACUGCUGAUAUCGCCAUGCUUCUAAUCGGACUCCCACUCCUAAUGCAAGUUCGUGUCCCGCUCAAGCAGAAAUUGAUCCUCGUCAUCAUCUUCGGAAUGGGAGUCUUUGUCAUUGUUGCCGCCAUCUUGACUAAAGUCUACUGCCUCGUCCCGGAGUUGAUUUCGUACGUCUACAUGAACUGGUAUUUCCGAGAAACUACUGUCGCCAUUCUCGUCACCAACCUACCUCUCAUCUGGUCCCUUCUGCGCGACGUCUUCCCCGCGCUCAAGAGCUGGACAGGGGGCUCGAAACGCGGUACCAACCGCUACCGAUCUGGCCCUUGGAACAGCAACCCUUCCGGUCUUAAGCACUUCGGGACCGGCACUGGCACUACCCACCUACGCUCGGGCAACGAGUUCCCAAUGCACAAAUACGAUCGAAGCGUUGUGGUUACACCGCAGAAAGAUAUGUCCGAGGUCAGCCUGGAACAUACCUACUCUCGCGGCCAGAGCGAUGACGGCUCAGAACGAGCUCUGCAAAUCCGACAAGACGUGACGAUUGAGGUCAUGCGCGAGUCACGACCACCAGCAAACUAUCACCUCCACGACCCGCAACCUUAAGAAAAGGCACGCCUAUCAACCUUCGCUUCUUUCCUGUAUAUAAUUUGUCUGCUACCCCGAGCCCUGUUCCUUUGUUGUUUGUCAUGCUGUUACGACUAGACCCGAUUUUCCCUGAAUAGAUUAUCUCUUCGGAGUUGGAAGUACACGGAUACCACAAUAUCAUCAUUGUUUGGCCCGA